AAGAAAAAGGUAAGGGCGAAAUAGCCAAUUAACUUGGUGCCCACCUCUGGAAGAUUGAAUCACUACUCUCUGAUACUUUCACAGGAAAAAAAUAUGCACACAUGAACAGCAGAAAGGAAGAAAAUUGACAUCUUUUUGCUGUUAAAUGAUUUGGGCAACUCUUAAAUGGUGUGAUCAAUGAUGGCAAGAGCUAGAAUUUGUUGCAUACACCCAAAACGCGCUGCUUUGAUCUGGGUUCUCUCUACUUUCCUCUUCUUUUCUGCCUUCCACAUGAUUCUUAAAAAUUCCUCCAUGCACAAUUUUACUUCUUCAUCAGAUGCUCCAACCUUAAACAUGGUGAAGAGAACGAGAUUGUAUGAGAAAAUGGCAAGGGAUUUGGAUGAGCAUGGACCAGCUUUUCUUAAACAUGGAGAAACUUCUCAAUCAUUGUCACUUUCUGAUCUUUUUAGCGUGAAAGAUGGUGUUGUAACACCUAAUCCCAAGGAAGCUAAUCCCCCUGUAAGAGCAAAUGUAUUGUAUCUAAGUACAGAAUAUUCUUUACCCAUAUCAAAGGCAGUAAAGGAUGUAUUUUUACCCUACUUUGACAAAGCAAUCUGGUUUCAGAAUUCAAGUCUGUACCACUUUAGCAUGUUCCAUUCCUCUCAUCAUAUAUCACCUGUUCCUGCCACUGAUGAUGAAGUUGAAGCUGAAGCAAAUGCAGUUAGAAGUGUUGCUAAAUCGCUUUGCCCGUUGAAUAUUGUUUUAGAUAGGGUGGUUUUAACUUCGACUGGUGUUCUUCUUGGAUGCUGGCAGGUGACCUCUGGUACUGAUCCGACCACUUUACGUGCUAAGCUCAGGACAGCCCUACCACAUGCUCCAGAAAAGCAGCUUUACGAUGCUGCAAUACUUCAUACUUCAUUUGCAAGGCUAUUGGGUCCUCCAAGAUUUCCGGACAAGGAGGCAAGUGAAGCUCCAGAUGAAAUCCGAUUGUUUCGAGAGCUGGUAGCUAACCUCAACAAUCGAAUUAGUGGAUUUCAGGCCGUAGUUUCUGAACUGUGGUAUGUAGAGGAACUCGAUGUGCUUGCUCUUGCAAUAAAUGGAAGAAUGAAGGUUCGCAGAUUUCAACUCAGCUGCUCGAAAGCUUGAGAUUUCUGAACCUAAAGACAACCAUGUGACUAAUGCUUAGCAACUUUUUCUUUAGAGCUUUGGUCGCAAUAUUUGGAACAACGCUGUAACAUAGUGUGGGCUGUGGGUUGUAACAGUUUGUGGUAUUUGAUUGUAAAUCUGUGAUUAUAAUUUUCCGGCGGAGAGAUGUUCUAGUACGGUUGUUAGCCAUUUUUGUCAUUAGUCAGUGUUGAACAUCAAUUUGUGUCCAAACUUCUCCGUAAAUAUUAGCAUAGCAACAUUUUUAAUCCUCUGCUAUUUGUAGGGGCCAAUUUUAUGUAUAGUGAACAGCAAUGAACAAAAGAGUGUAUGACGGUAUGUCGGGUGAAGAGCAAUGAAUAUUCCCAUACCGGAUAUGUGCCAAUACCAUGGCAUUUAUGUAAUUUUGAUGACAAAAGUAAUAUUAAAAAAUUAUAAAUUUUUUGUUUUUCUUAA